ACGGUAGGUAUUUGUUUUCUUUGAGAGAUAAGUAUCUGUUCGUAAGAACUAUUUACUUAUUAUAUACUCGUACUCUGUGUUACGCACAAUGAAGGUAGAGGUAAGGAAUACAAUGUCCAAGUACCAAAAAGUAACCGUCAAAAAACCUUAAAUUAGGAUUUAAGUUUUUUUGACCUUUAAUGCUCAGGGCCGCAGCUAUUCGGUGGAAUGAGAUAGCAAUAUCGAUUGCUCCCACUAACGCAUAAAUGCGUUCCUGGGUGUGUCGAGACUAGACUAGGCACGUAUUAUUCUAUUAGUAUUUUAGUAGUUAAUUUCUUAUUUGGCUGGCAACAUUACGUAGAUGAUUAAAAAAAAAAACAGAAUGACAAUGACAUUAAGAGUUGUUGGCACUACCUGACUCAUUUUUGCUAAAAUGUUUGUACAAUAAAGCAGCAAACAUAAACCUUACUACAUGUAUAUUAAAGUUGAAAGUUGAGUUAUAAGUUACUAUCGAUCAUAAUGUAACUAGCCCUUACCAUAUAAGAUCGUAAUGUAAAUCGGUCAAUUUUUGCAUUUGCGAUUUAUUUGCAUUAUUUCCAUGAACUCAAAAUAAAUGAAAUUUUUGAGACAAUUUGUGACUUGACAAGGUGUUUUGUGAACAAAAUGGAUUCAAUAAAGCUUGAGAUGGAAUCUGAAGAGCUGCAAGCAUGUCGCAUAUGUCUGGCUACUGAUGUUAAACUAUACGGAAUAUAUGAUAACAGAUUGGAUGAGGUAUUCAUGGAUAUUAUGGGCACUACGUUGUCAGUGUGGGACGGGCUCCCGCAGCAUUUGUGCGGCUGCUGCGGCACGCUGCUGCUCAAGAGCAGCGAACUCCGCCGCCGCUGCCGUCGCGCCGAAUUAUUGCUCCGGCAGUACAAGCACACGAUCACCACAGACUUCAUUCGAACCAUAGACAGAGUAGCUAACAAGCUUUCCCUCCAUCUAUCUAUCACCAACAUUGACUCUGACACAGACACUAAACCCGACACUAGCGUUGACACUAAACUUGACACAGUAACGAAACUCGACACAGACUUGAAACUCGAUGAUAAACAAGACAAUGACAGUGACGAAAAUGAUUCACAAUCAGUGUCAGCUUUCUGCGAACCCGAAAUAUAUCUAAAUGAUGUUAAAUAUUCACAAGUUAUCGCCACAGACAUAGACAUAGCAAACCGUAUGACAUUACGGAAAAGAGUUAAAACUGGUAAGAAGAGAAAAGAAAAAGUGAAAGUGAAAGAAGCGCAUAGAAAACAAAAAAAGGGUUUCAAAUGGUUUUUCAGUACAGAAGAGGAUUAUGUGAAAUUUGAAAACAAGUACAAUAUUAGAGUGGUGAAGCUGAACGAGGAGGAACAGAGACGGGAGAUGGAGGCGCGGAGAGAGUCAGAGAACUAUAGACACGCACAUGUGCGGUGCGAGAAGUGCUGCAAGGGAUUCUUGUCUAUGAUAACGUUUGAGAACCACAACAAGAUUCAUGACCCGAGUACCGGCGCGAACGAGUGCCCGCUAUGUUUCUCGCGUUACAAGUUCCCUACACACCUCCGCCAGCACGUGGUGGAGAGCCACGCGCAUAAAUAUGUGUGCAAGGUGUGCGACCAGGUGAUUCGGCGGCGGAGCGCCGCCAUGCUGCACUCUGCGUUCCACGCGGGCAGGACGUUCGAGUGCAAAUACUGCGGACGGACCUUCAAGAAAUCUUCAACCCGCUACACACACAUGCGCAUCCAGCACCCCGGCGAGAACGCGUCCGGGGGCGCCUGCGACGUCUGCGGGGAGACCUUCACCGGAGCCCUGGGGCUGCAGCAGCACAAGACCAGGAAACACAAUAAGCCUGCAGUGCCGGAGUUGAAGUGCAGUAUCUGCCUGGUCCAGUUCUCGAGUUUGGACGCCGUGGCCAGACACACGGACACCACGCCCGACAACAUCUGCGAUCCUAGUCUCAAGGCGUGCCCGGCGUGCGGGGAGACGUUCCCCGACGCGGCGCGGCUCGGCGCGCACGGCGCCGCGCACGCCGACACGCGCUAUAAGUGUGAUGACUGUAAUCAACCGUUCGCAACCAAGUCGUCUCUCAGCACGCACAUCGACCGCGUGCACUUGAAGAUCAAACCGCGGUACAAGCUCAUCUACAAGUACAGUGCGGCCAGGCGAGCCCAGCUAGACGAAUACAUGUGCGAAACCUGCGGCAAGGGGUACACGAGCUUCGCGAACCUGAAGACCCACCAGCUGCGUCACACCGGGGAGCGGCCCUUCCCCUGCCCGCAGUGCCCCAAGAGCUUCCUCACCGCCGCACAGGCGAAGGGGCACAAGGAGCGUGUGCACGCGGGCAUUAAGAAGUACCAGUGCGCGCAGUGCCCCAAGACUUUCCUAGACAAGAGCUCCGUCUACAAACACAAAGUGGUACACACAGGUGAGAAACCCUACGAGUGCCAAAUCUGCAACAAAACCUUCACCCAGUCCGGUUCGUUGUCCACACACGUCAAGUACGUGCACAUGAAGGUGAAGCCGCCGCCGAGGCGCCGGCGCGGGCUCGCUGCCAGCGGAGUCUAGAUCUCGUAGUCAAAUUAUCAGAGCGAAAAAUAACGAAACCAUAUUGAUGUGAAAGCUGCAAUAAAUUCACUUUUUGAUAUUUAACAAAUUUAACACAUAUGUGUGAACUACGUAAAAUAGUAGGAUUAAUUACAGGACAUAACACACUUAAUAAACACCUACACAAUAUGGGUAAAACAGACAGCCCCAUGUGCAGAGCGUGCAUGGAAGAAGAAGAAACAACAAAACACAUUCUCCUAGACUGCAAACAGGUAGAAGUAUACAGGAAGAAAUACCUAGGGACUCCGUGCACACUAGGAGAGGCAAUUAGCAACCUGAAAACUUUGCUAGGCUUCGUGGAGGAGCUGGGGUGGUUAGAGUAGCGCUACCUCGUUUCACGCAAAAUAGGCACAAUGGUUGUCGAUUUGCGGAAAAUGCCCAGAAGCACUAACUAACUAACUAACAUAUCAGUGAAAGAAUAAGGAUCAAAGUCAAAUAGCAUUCUAAAAGUUUUAAUCAUGCGUCGAAAGAUGGACGUAAAUCUACGUGGCUAUAAAGUUUGCUUUGACAAUACACCUCU